AUGUACGUGAGCUACCUGCUGGACAAAGAGGGUGGACCGUCCAUGUACCCCGGCUCGGUGCGCCAUGCGGGGGGGAUCAACUUGGCGGCGGCGGCGCAGAAUUUCGUGGGCGCUCCGCAGUACCCGGACUACGGCGCCUACCACGUGCCCGCCGGGAUCGGGCUGGAGAACGCGCAGUCUCCGGGCUCGCCCUGGCCGGGGGGCUACGGCGCGCCCCCGCUGCGCGAUGACUGGAACGUCAUUCAGCGGCCCUGUGUGAGCGCCGGCGUUUCCUUCUUGGCCUCCAGUUCUUACUCUCACCCCUUGAAAAGGGACCUGUCGCGCUGGGGUGCCCGCAGAAGUCACACGCUUCUGAGUUUUGUGAAGUCCGAGGAAGCUGACUUCCGUCUUGCCUGCUCCCGAGUAUACGCACAGUUGGUCGGAGGCGAAGGCCGCGAGGCUGUUCGCACGGAGAAAGAAUUGGCCACUGGGCAGCUAAACACCCUUAGGCUGGAGAAGGAUAAGGCGGACGAGGGUUUGAAAACCAGGACGAAAGACAAGUACCGCGUGGUCUACACAGAUCACCAGCGGCUGGAACUAGAGAAAGAAUUUCACUACAGCCGUUACAUCACCAUCCGGAGGAAAGCUGAACUGGCAGCCACGUUGGGCUUGUCAGAGAGACAGGUAAAGAUCUGGUUUCAGAACAGGCGGGCCAAGGAAAGGAAGAUCAACAAGAAGAAGAUGCAACAGUCCCAACCAGGUGGGGUGCACAGUGGCUCUGAACCCAUGAGCCCCGUCUCCUCCAUGCAGCCAGGGACCACUGGCACUGGCCCCAAUGGGGGAGUGCUGGGCACAACUGGCUUAGCACCUCCCCCAACUGCACAGUGA